CCAUAAGAGAUUUGAGACUUGACUGAUCUCUUCCACCAAAAGUACAAAAUGGAAAAUAAAAAAAAAUAAAACAUACAAAAUGCUGAAACAGCUAUUCACCAAUAACUGUAACUGGAUGUUGUGUCAGUGUGACAACUCUGAUAUGUGCUUUCACCACAACAAAGCUACAUAAAACUUGCACAGGACGCGUGUUUUCUCCAUUUAGGGACUGGUUCGACUCUUUCAAACAGUAAAAAAUCUUUGAUACAUGUGACCUGCUUUCACAAGCCGGAACUUUGUUAGGCGACCAAGGCCUUACUUUUUCCAUUACAGGAAGUUGGGUUUACAGUACAUCGAUCAAGACGAAGCAGAUGAAGAAAAGGAAAUACUCGUUCACUUUGUAUUUUGAGUCCAUCAAGAAGGAGCUUUUUUACAAACAUUUUAGAAUUGAUUUCAACUUUGAUGACUUGAUUUUUAACUGGAAACAUGCAAAAUAGAAACUUGACAUGGACACUGAUGUCUCUGUUUCUGGCUGGUGUUCUCUGCAAUACAUGGAAAGUGGUUUAUCACCAGCAACGUAUCUGUGCAGUGAACGGCUCGUCUGUUGUCAUUCCUUGUUCAUUUUACUAUCCUGACGACCACAUAGUGGAGAAAUGCAUGUGGGCUCAUGUAAAGUGUCAUCAUCAUCUCAAGAGCUGUUUAAUUUCUGAGAGGAACUUAAACCCAAGAUUUCAGUAUAUCGGUGACAGACAACACAAUUGUUCUUUAAAAAUACACCAAGUGGAGCGUAAAGAUGCAGGAAAAUAUGCCUUCAGGUUUACAACUAACUCCAAAGAGGGCAAAUGGACUGGUAGAAAUGGCCCAAUAUUAAAGGUUGCUGAUUCGAACGUUUCCGUGACAAACCCAAAUGGAAACAGAGCAACGAAGGAAGGCGACUCUGUGAAUCUAACCUGCUCUAGAGGCUGUGAUGGCGGUGAUCUUUCAUCUGCUUUCACCUGGUUUAAGAAUGGAGAACCUAUAAAUGAAGGACCUGCACUUUAUUUAAGCAACGUGUCCUCCACAAACUCUGGAAACUACACUUGUUCUCUGAAAACACACACAGGAACAACUUCAGGAGUCAUAAAUAUUGAUGUCGAAUAUGGCCCCAAGAACACAUCAGUGUCUGUCAGACCAUCGACAGAGGUAGAAACCAACAGCAACGUCACCCUGAUCUGCAGCAGCCAUGCAAACCCCCCAGUGGAGAACUAUACUUGGUUCAAAAUACAUGAUGAUGAUGAUAUUAUGGAUGUUGGACACCAGCCUGUGUUCUUCCCUGGUGAUGGUGGCCAGUAUUUAUGCAGCGCCACCAACAAACAUGGAAGCCAAAACUCCUCUGUUGUGACUUUAACGAUUAAAUCAUAUUGGGCAACAUUCACCAGAGAUGUACUCAUCAUUGCUGCUGUUGCUGUUGCUGUGCUUCUGAUUGUGAUCACGGUUAUCGGUGUCAGAAGACUCCACAAAAAAAGAACGUGGACAUCAAACAGCGACAGUGAGGAGGACAUACAGAAUACAGACUACGUCAACUGGCUCGCCUGUGACAAUAACCAAUCACAAGAGGGGAAUCAGCCUGAGGGAGGAGGAGAAGAGGUCGUCUACACAUCUGUAUACUUCAACAAUAACAACAAAAAGUCAAACAUGGAGCAGCAGAUGGACUCCCACAGUGAUGAUGAAGAUGUGACUUACAUCACAGUGCGUGCAGGAACCAACUGUUGAACCCUUCAUAUAUUGAGCCGCCCUGAUUUGACAACACACACCGCGGUUUGCAGUAAUAAGUGUGACACAGUGUUUUGAGGGUAUUUUUUGGUUGAUUUUAACAGAUCUGUAAAAUGUACAAAUGCAUUGCAGUAAAGAUACAUAUUAUAAUCCAAACAAGAAAACAUGAAAAUAUCAAAAGCAACACAUUUGAACACAUCUUCCUCAAUAACUCAAAAGAAAAGAUAUCAUAAAGAGUCAUCAACCAAAACAGAGUUUUUGUUUUUUUUUGCAUAUUUUGUGCAUAUUUGGCGUCUCCAUGAAGGUACAAAUUAACGAAAAGCUUUAAGAGAUGUUAAGAAAUUGGCUUUUGGAACAUUUAAAAUGAAGUCAGCCAUCAGCCUGCGCUCUCUGUGUGGCUUGGCAUCAGAAAGUAAUCUAAUGGGAAAUUAAAGAUGCUGUUCAGGGAACUGGUUCGUGAAUCAUUUCUCUACUGUUGCAAUCAUUUUGUUGGCUGUGCGGGUAUUUAUUCAUAAGUUGAGUGUGGCAUUUAAUUGUUCUCCUCUUCUCACAGAAGGAUGAAGUCUGCUGGCAACCAAAAUUAAUGUCAAAUGAUCAAACCUUAAAAAAACAUAAUUGUGUGUUUUAAUGCAUGUUAUUGUAUUUCUUCCCUCUGGGGCAUGGAUGUGCACACACUUUCUGGUGCUGCGUGUUUUACAAAUCACAUAAACUCCUAAUUUGUGCUUUUGGCACUGUGGAAAUGAAUUUACUUUUGGUAGUCGUUAAUUCCUGAGCAUCUCAAGAGUUGUCUAAAAUCAUGUUCCCAACUGUAAACCUGUGCUACAGGAUCGCCAUCAGAAGGUAAGCUGUAUUUCAUCACUAUAUCACUAUUACAUCUCACAUACAACGAUCGUGUGAUGAUGCUCAAAAGUCUGUUUAUGUGUUUCAGACUCAAGAAAGAAGGACCAGAGCACCAGAGACUGAAUGUGAGGAGGACAUACAGAACACAGACUACGUCAACCGGCCUGUUUGUGACAAAAGCUAUAGAGAGCAGCAGCACUAAAACACAUCUGCAACUGUUGACUUUUACCCAGAGAGGAAGUCAAAGGGACCGACUGCUGAACCCUUCACAUAUUGAAACUUGAAUUUGACAACGAGCACAUGCUGUUUCGCAGGAACAGGAAACAAAAUGUGCCAAAAUAUCACAAACUUUUACAAAAACACAUUUUCUCCUAUCAACACUAAGUCUUGUUGAUCAAACUGAAGGAAGGUCACCGUCACAAGAGUCAACUGGAUGUUCAGUGAAGGUUUGCAGUUGAAGAUUAAGAUCAACACUGAAGGCAAAUAACCUGUUUAACCUUAAGAGACCCACUUAGACCCAUUUUUGUCUUUUUUUAGGCGGGUCUUUAGGGGGAGAUAGCAGGUCAACAGUAGAUGUCACGUAGAAGUGGUGUACAUAAUCUGAAAGCUGAGAACCUGAAGAUUAUAAUUUGAGAUGCAGCUCAGUCAGACUAGUUGUUCCAGUCAUAAAUCAGGCUCUGAACAUAAUGAUAGAAGUAUAUGAUAGUGUUUGCAAUUUUUGGAUUGAUACCAUUUGUUACACAGAUUUGGUGCUAAAUUUAAACAUUUAUUACCACUCGAGAAUUGAUCAAAAUGAUC